AUGCAACAGCUUGAACUAGAGAGUAGAGUACAAACGGUGCACAGGCGUCUUACAUUGACGGUAUCGGUCUGUUUGAUCUUAUCGAUGAAAUUUGGCACGACACGAGGCGAAAGAUGGUCGCGACAGGUCUCGAAUAGCGAAUGGAUACCAUUGGCGAAUCCUAGGGCGGUGCAAACUCAAGUCGAGCAAAACGGCCCGUCUACUGGACGUUUGGCGAGCGGGAGCGCGCAGCUGCCUCAACUUCCUCAACUCUCUCUACCGCCAGCCCUUCAACAACAAUAUCAAGAGCAAUUAUUGCAGCUGCAGAAGACUCAGGAAAAUAUACAAAAGCUGUUGCUAUUGCAACAACAGCUUAGAGCUCAACAGCAACUUCUUCAGUCUCAAACGUUCGUACCAAGCGGGUUCAGCAAUGCGGACGAGGACAAGCAAUUGCAUCAAGUCAGAUUGGGGGACUCGCAGGUGGCGGAUCUUGCUUCCGAAGAUCUGGUGCCACCCCUCCCCUUAACCGACUCGUUGCCGUCGGUUUUUCCGCCGCAGAACUUCCUCCCUCAACAACCACCCAACCCAGCCACGAAACAGGACACGAGUCUACCUCAGGAAUUGGCUAAUUUGUCGGGGCAGGAUUUCAAGAACGAGCAGUUGUUGCAACAGAGGCCCAACGUAGGAAAUGUUGGACAGAUCGAGGGGAAUCAAAAGCAAGGCGCGAAACAGAUAAAGGAAUCAAGCCAAGUCGGCUUGGUGUCUCAAAGUGAGAGUGACCAAGACGAGGACGAAGAGGUGCAAUUGGUCUACGUGCCGGCGGAAACUUUGGCGCAACGAGGGCAGCCUAAGAGAGGGCGUGGAAGGAAGCAGUAUCACCCUCUGCGUCAGCACCAGCAACCCCAACAACUGCAACAGAGCCAAGGCGUGGACGCGAUCGGACACGACCAGAACGCGUUUGCCCGUCAAAUAUUGCAACAGAUCCAGAUGGAGCGGGAGGAGAAGGCCCAAUUUUUGAAAGAGGAACGGAUGAAGGAGAUCGCGAGAUUGAACGAGGAGCAAAGGGCGUUGGAGCGAAAGGCGCGGCUUCAACAGGAGGCACUGCAGAGGGAGCAAGAGUUGCAGAGGCAACGGGAAGCGGAGAAGAAGAAGAAAGAGUUGGAGAGGUUGGAAGAGUUGGCCAAGCAACGGGAGUUGGAGAGGAUCCGAGAGGCGAGGGAGAAGCAACGUUUGGAAGAGCUGGAGAGAAGGAGAUUGGCGGAGGUCCGGGCGAAAGAAGAGAAAAGGCGAGCCGAGGAAGCGAGCAGGCAGAGGGAAGCCGAGAGAUUGGCCGCAUUGGAGAGGCAGAAGGAACUGGAGAGGCAGAAGGAACUGGAGAGGCAGAAGGAACUGGAGAUCCAACAGCAACGAGAGCGUGAGAACGAGGGCAGAGUGGAGCAGGCCGAGAAUCGAGACGUUCAAGCUCAGGCUCUUCCUUUGAUCAGAAAUCAAAGCCAGCAAUUGCAUCGUCAACAACAAUUGUCGGAAACGCCUAAACAGGUUAAAAGUAAGAUCAGAGGCAGGCAAAGGCAGAGGCCUAAUUUCCAGGAUCAGCAGAGUUAUAGAGAAGCUAGCACAACUCUUUCCCCUAAUCAGCCUCCUCUCUCGGUAUACAUGGGAAGUUCCAGCUCGAAGACAACCAACGUCAAAGUUUCUGACGUGUUGAGGAUAUUGAAGGACGCGAAGACGAUAGCUGUUUUGGACACGGUUGGCCCGGAUACACCUCAAGUAUUCGUGGGCCCAACCAGUUUAGAUCCCCCACCGGGUUACGCCAAGUUCGAUCUUCCCUACCUGUCGUCCAUCGAUCACAAUCGCGUGGAGAGGAGGGUCGAUAAGUUGCCUUUCUUCGUGGCGCCGCUCAGCUUCGAUCCUCCUGCAGGAUAUUCCAAAAUCCCUUUCCCGGCGCCACAUAUAGGAUCGGUGGUGGUGAACACGUUGGAUAACACCUUGGAUCCCACGAAAGACAGAGACGAUCCCAAUCCAAGCCCGACACCUCUUAUAGAGCCUAAUUCCUAUUUGGACGGUUUGGACGCUGUCUCUGAUUCCACUACUCCUUCGUACGAGCCUCAGACGACCAUAAGUUAUCCCGAACCGUCCAAUACUCCCAAAUACGAGCAAACGUAUUCGACGCCACCCGCCGGAUAUUCGUCCGGAUCCAGAUUCAGGUUCAGACAAUUUUACGCCGACGGUAAACCUGCUUCCGUAAUCGGUACUUCUUACUACGACGAGCAGAAAACCGCGACGAGGAAGGACAAGUAUUAUAUCGACGAAGGUUCGAGAACUACGGAGAUUCCCGCGCAAAGUGGCAACGUUGAAACGUCGGUGAGUCGCGCGGAAGAAGUUUCGUAUUCCACGACGCCCGCUUUCAAAGAAGAAACUAUAGUCGGUCACCAAGACCCGUCGGAUCAACUGGCGUUAAUUAAUGAACAGUUGGCCCAGCAGAGGGAGAAAUACAACAGUGGUGGACAGUAUGGCGAGCAAAAGGUCUCUAGCGGCCAGGCUGGUAGUUUCAACGGUGAAAUCGCUAGCGGUGACGUUAACGACGUUAGAGAUUCCGUUGGGCCAACGCAGUAUAGCUUGCCAGCCGAGCUGCCCGCGAUCUCUCCUCACCUCCCUGGUCUGGUCAACUCACUGUUGGAUAAGAGCGAGGCGAAACUCCAUACCACUACUACCAGCACGACAACUACGACCACCACUACGACUCAACGUAUACCCACGACCACUUAUAGGCCUCGCAGUAGACAAAGAAGCAGACUAGUUUCCACGAGGCCGAGAACGACGACCGAAACGACUCCAUCGAGCAGAACGAAUGUAGAUAGAAAUCGAAGACCGUACAACAGAUCCAGAUCUAGAUUCACGACUACUACGGAAGAAUAUCACGAAUCCGCUUACGAGCCAACUAGAUCCAAAAUUCCAGAGACUACGGUGAGAUAUAACGGGGAGCAUAGGAGGCCGACGAGCAGAACGCAGAAAUAUAGGAAUCGAGAUAAGAUUAGCCAGCAAUCCGAGGUUCAGAACAAACAGACGCAGCAAUCGUACGACACCAUCUCCCACAGCGAUUCGAAUCCCCCGACAUCGAAUGGUUUCCUCCAGCAGACGGGACCGGACUCGAGUAAUCUUCGUCACUUCGAUUCGUCGUCGAAUCUGAACGACUAUACCCCGGAGAAUUAUCCGUCCACCACUGUCAGCACCACCGAAAAUUAUCCAUCUUUCCACGACGUCACGGUGAAUCACGGUUCCGCUCUAAUUUCGGAAGAUUAUUCAAGAAGUCAAAGUUAUCCUCAAACGAUUCAAGAAGAUUACCGAUCAACCGUGGAACAGAUUGGUAUAGAAAAGAGUCCAGUGAAUGGAUUUAAUUAUCAAGCUCAAAGCGGAGAGCCGUUGGAUCAAAGAUUACUCGAGAGAACGAAGGAUUAUCAGUUGGAUGGAAAAGUAGAGAACGGCGACUAUGAGAUAUCCACCACCGUUGAUCCAACAAGGUUGAGGACAUCGGAAGAGCAACGUUACUCGUCCGUCUACAACGUGAACGUACCGCAGACGCAGCCAGAAUACAGUUUAACUGGACAAGAUAAUCUGCAUCACGUGGAGAACGAGAAGAUUCAAACCGGUGUUAUCGAUAGUAAUCCUAACGAGCAGCCGAUAUUUAUCCCGUUGCCGGAGAAUAAGCAAGAGGAUUACGAGUUAUCAAUCUCCUCCACGGAACUUCCAUUGCUAGAUAUAACAACCGACACACCGACGACAAGCACGACUCCUGUGAUAAUUCGACAACGAGUACGAGGACGUAUAGGCACUCGUUUGCAUCACGAGCCUUCGGUUCAGACUCGUAACAAAGGUUCGCAGGACGAGUAUGUUCGUUUCAACGUGGUAAACGAUUCCUCUCGAACGAUAUCGAGCAGACAGAGAAGUAGAUCGAGAUCUCGUACACCGAGUCACGGAUCACAGGUUCAGACCGAUGGUAACGAGUACAUUAAGAUCCACGCGUUGCAACAGCAAAGGUUAGUCGCCACAACAACACCACCGCCAUCUACCACGACCACUACGAUCAGCUCAACGGAAGAGGACAUCGAUUACGGAUUUAUAAGACCACCGAAUUUCCGACCUGUACAUCCAGUGGACAAUAGAUUCCAGCAACCGAUCACGUAUCGACCUCAUUUUCCAGAGGUGCCUCAGCAAUCACUGCUACUAAACGAGGACGAAACCGCAUUGGAAUCGAGUCCCCCGCAAUCACAGCUGUUGAAAAAUCGUCAAAAGUAUCAACCAACUCCCAAUCGUCGUCCAUCGGUAAAAGCGACAACCGUGCCGCCAUCUACAACGACUAUGGAAGCCGUCACUACUACCGAAAAAAUACCUGUUGCCACGGUGCUUCCUGACGACAUGAUAUAUACGGUGAAAUCGAAGUCUCGGCCGGACGAAGCGAAAGAGAUCAGAGUGAGAGGUAGAAUUCGUCGACCCGGUAGAAAACGCGUAACUACCACGAGCACAACCGAAUCCGUGUUGGAGGCGCAUAACGAGCUGCCAUUGGACGAAAAUUAUCCGCCGAUACGACCACAAGCCGUAACCACAGAGCAUCAACAGACAGUGUACAACGAUAAUUACAAUAACAACGGAGAAUUCUCCGAUGGUGCGCGUAAUCCAACUGGACAACAAUUCUACGAGACUUCUAGCGAGAACUACCCGGCAGAAUUCAUGCUGAACUUCGGUAACUACCCGUCCCAACCAGUUCAACGUGACGAAUACGAUCAGGCGCAGUUGGCCAGCGACGCGCCAAGGAAAUACUCGAGCCAAGCUUCAAGGACAAGCACGUCGGCGGCCAUCGACAAUCGUCGGACAACGGUGGACAUCUACGGGGCAGAGAGCCAGUGGUCCACGAAACUGACGAGGACCUCGUUCCAGCCGAGUUUCUCGUCGAAUCAAGUGAAUUCGGGGGUGGCCUCGAAGGGUGGCCAUGCCUGGUCGUCCAACGACGACUCCUCGAAAAACGCCGAUCUGCCGGAUAUAAUCACCGCUCCGCCGGAAGUGUCGUCCGUCACGUUGAUCGUCUCCUCGGACGACAAGAGGAUGAAGGAGGAGGAGGGGAAAGAGGAGAAGGGGGAGGAGGAGGAGGACGAGUCCACGUUGAUGGGCACCACGAUGUUCGGUAUGAAAACGCAGGAUCACACGGAGAGGAUAAACGCGAGGGUGACGGCCAUCACCGACGGUGCGUCGGCGAUUAAAGAAAAAAGAAACGGAAGCGAGGUUGGUGGCAAGGAGACGAUGGCAGGCGAGGUGGAGAGUUCUACGAAGCAAUUGAUGAUGGCCACGGAUUUGCACAAGAUUGGAUGGAAGAGCGACAAUUCUACCGGUGCGAAAAAGAUUCCACGGAGGAGGAAAGUCCGCGUUCGAGUCAGACCGGCCGCCGACGAUUUUGUCACAGCCGAGUCCCAACACUUCAACUCCGCCCUUAACGGCUUGUUUCGUGAUCAGUACAAGUACAAUCCUGUCCGUCAAUCGAAACCCUCGGUGUCUUUCGCCUCGCCGGAGAAAUCCAUCCUGCAAGGUUUCAUAACCGACAUUCUGAAGAACGACGAGCCCACCGAAGCGGCGUGGACCGUGCAUCCGGCCAUGACCACCACCACAACAACCACCACCACAACCACCCCUCCUAUGUCGAUCGAAGACGAAGAAACGACAGAGACUCAGACCACCACGAUCCCAACCAAGAUCGAGGAGACAACGAUCGCGGAGGCACCUUUCGAUGAUUUAUUCGUAAAAUUGGUCAAAAGGCCGCAAGACACGGGGAAGAUGAAGGAGGAGAAGAAGGAGAAAUCGGAGAGGAAGAAGGACGUUGAGGGAGAAAUGGAGCAAGAAACGUGGGAAUCGUCGAAGAAAUGGAACCAGAAGAACGUUCAAAACACUGUUAACUUCGGUCACAUCGUUGGUAAAUAUAAAACCAACAGAGAGAAGGAUACGAACGAUACACUCACAGAAGGGGUUGAGAAAUUAACUGUUAAUGAAAAGGAGGCGAAAAGAAAGAACGAUAUAGUAGAAUCCGCGAACGAGACCGGAGAAGAGGAUCGUGGAGGAGAGUUCUUGAAACGGCAAAACGAGGAGGUAAAAAACGAGAAUUUCAAUCAUCCCAAGAAUCAUAGAGUUAAAUGGAGCGAGGUAAGGUAUCCGUCUGCCGUCUUCGAGCAGUCGAAACCUUCCCUCAACUGGAAGCACGAUUCUGGGAAGAUAGGUGGAAAAUCCGGAACAACGUCUAUCCCAGGAUUGGUGACGAGGAACGAGGGGGACACCAGCGUGAAGACGCUCUCCGAUUACGUCCAGGCGAUCUUCGAUACGAUGAAGAGCGCCGAGGAGGAGACGAGCACGGCUACCAACACGGAGAAUAUGGACGACGAAGUGACCACCACCGUCCUCCCUCCUUCGAACACGUUGCACCUCCCAGACCGAUCGAACGAGGAGAGAUUAACGAUGAAGGACGAUUACGAGACGACGAAGAUGACGACUACUCGGAUGAUCUUUGAGGAGGUUGAUGGAAACGAGGCGACCGCGAAUACCGAGGUGGAGAACGCAACGACGACGAUCUCGGACGAGGCAACGACGAGUACGUCGGCCGAGAAUAAUUCGGCCACCGUUCCUCCUUUCUCCACCACUUUCAAGCCGAGCAGCAGCCCCACUUUAUCGAGCAAUUCGACGGAAUCGAUAUUGGGCAAGGUUCUACGCACCUCGACGACCACCAAGGUCUCCCAUAUGACGGAGAUUUGCUACAGGGGCCGAUGCGUGAUGACGAGGCCAAGUCGAGAUGAUCGAUUCAGAUGA